CAAGCUAUUUCAAGAUGGCGCCAACUUCAACUGGAGAGAGCACCACAACCACAAACCAAGAUGAUUCUCAAUCGACACGGCGAUCUACUCGAACUGUCAAGCGCAAUGCUGGAAAAACCUCGGCGCUUGAUAAAAUAAGAAAAUUUCGUGAGACUGGAGAGAGAUCAACGUUUGAGGUUGGAAACCUUGAUGAUGUUUAUCAGGUAGUGAAUGAAGAUGAAUACUCUGACAUUGUUAGAAAACGACAGGAGGAUGACUGGGUGGUUGAUGAUGAUGGGACAGGAUAUGUGGAUGAUGGACGAGAAAUAUUUGAUGAUGAUCUCGAUGAUGAGCCACCAACUGGAAAGAAUGUCCCCAAAUUCAAGCCAAAGAGGCCGAAUGUGAAAAAGCCAACAGUGAAACCAAAGACAAUUAACAAGAUGUUGCUGGCUGCAAGUGCCAAAGCAAAGAAAGUCAAAACCGAAGUAACAUCCAUUGGUGAAGAUGAUUUGUUGAAUGAUCUCCUCAAGGAAGUGGAACAACCAAGACCAGCUCCAGUGAAAUAUUCAAAGGGAACACCACAAGUUUUAAGAACUCCAACAUCAGCUUUGCCAACUGGUAGCACUCCAAGACGACUUCAGCAAUCAUCUGGGCCACGGCAGAAUAUUUUUAAAGUUGAACCAAGAUCACCGCCCAAAUCCAGCCAUGCCAAAAAUCUGCCAGCCAAGAGGAAAACUGUUGUUAAGGUUGAACCAACUGAGAGAGGGGAGGGGAGGUACAGUGGGAUGGUCGGAGACCCAUCGAGAGGAGAGAAGGAUGAGAGUUGUGAGACAGCAAUGGAUAUGGAUACAGAUGAUCCUAUUGUGGGUUGUGAUGACUUUGGAGAUGAUGAUCUAGGUGAUGCAGAAGCAAUCCAGGCAUUGACAAAUAUUGAGACAAAUCCUGAUGAAAAACCCACUACAAAAGUGAAGGUUGAAACAAUUGAGAAGAAGACUGACAGGAAAUGUGCGCUCCCUCAAAAAUCAACAGAAAUUUCUGGUGAUUCAGCCUGGGAGACAAUUCUAGAGAAUGAAGAAUCACAUCAAGAGGUUCUAUCGGAUGUCAAUGUAGAUUCCUCCUCCCUCCCUCUUCAGGAAUUUGAGGGAGAAAAAGUCCUCAAGUUCUUCUGGUUUGAUGCCUAUGAAGAUAGAUUUAAACUGCCAGGUACUGUUUACUUGUUUGGAAAAGUCUGGAUUGAAUCUGCAAAAACUUAUGUCAGUUGUUCUGUGGCAGUCAAGAACAUAGAGCGCCAGAUCUUUAUUCUUCCACGAGAAAAGAAACAUGAAGUUGAUGGCACUGUGACAAAUGAAACAGUCAGUUUUAUUGAUGUGUAUCAGGAAUUCAAUGAGAAGAUUGCAACAAAACACAAAAUUAUGAAGUUCAUAUCCAGGAAAGUUCAAAAAGCUUAUGCUUUUGAAAUUGAAGAUGUCCCUGUCACAUCUGAGUACCUGGAGGUCAGAUAUUCAGCAGAUGGCCCUCAGCUACCAUGUGACUUGUCUGGACAAACAUUCAGUCAUGUAUUUGGUACUAAUACCUCCAGUCUUGAGCUCCUUUUACUGAACCGCAAGAUGAAAGGACCGUGUUGGCUCAAUGUCAAGUUACCUCAGCUUCCUCAACAGCCGGUCAGCUGGUGCAAAGUAGAGGCAGUGAUCCCAAAACCGGACCUUCUUGAAGUAGCAAGUCAACAAGAUCCUCCACCACCUAUGGUUGUCAUGAGCCUCAGUUUUCGGACAAUGUUGAACACCAAGACUCACACACACGAGAUCUUAGCUGUGUCAGCUCUGGUACACCAUGAAGUUUCAUUAGACAAAGCUGCACCUAAACAGAAGUUUCAGUAUCAUUUCUGUGCUGUAAGUAAACCCAACGAUCAGAUGUAUCCUUACGACUUCAGGGAUGCUGUCAAAAAGAAGCAAAUAAACAUGGAGAUUACGACGUCAGAGAGGGCUCUUUUAGGACUGUUUAUGGCCAAGAUUCACAGAAUUGACCCAGAUGUAAUUGUGGGUCAUGAUAUCUACGGGUUUGAUCUUGAUCUUCUGAUGCAUAGAAUCAGUGCUUGUAAGAUUCCCCAUUGGUCUCGCAUUGGACGGCUGAAGAGAAGCAUUAUGCCGAAGCUUUCUAAUGGCGGGCCAGGCAGAGGCAACAGUCUUCUUGAUCGUUCCAUAACUUCUGGACGAAUGGUGUGUGAUGUGAAGAUUUCAUCAAAAGAACUCAUACGAUGCAAGAGUUAUGAUUUGACAGCAUUAUCGUGGGCUGUUCUUCAAUCAAGAAGAGAAGAGAUUGAUCAAGAUGAAAUACCAAACAAAUACAACUCCACGCAGGAAUUGCUUCAUAUGUUUGAACUCACUUCGAUGGAUGCACUCUUAACUCUAAGGAUCAUGUAUGAUCUAAACGUUUUGCCCCUGGCUUUGCAGAUAACAAACAUUGCUGGAAAUGUUAUGACUCGAACACUUCUUGGUGGCCGAUCAGAGAGAAAUGAAUUUCUUUUGCUUCACGCCUUCAACGAAAAGAAUUUUAUCUGUCCAGAUAAAAGUUAUGGCAAGAAACAAGUGGUCGAGGCAGACCACGAUGAAGACGAACAACCUUCGACUUCCAAGAAAGGACGAAGAAAACCAGCGUAUGCUGGGGGACUGGUGUUGGAGCCUAAGAAAGGUUUCUACGACAAACAUAUCUUGCUGCUGGAUUUCAACAGUUUAUACCCGUCCAUUAUACAGGAAUACAACAUUUGCUUUACUACAAUCAACAGAACAAGCUUCAACUCUAAGGGGCUAGCCGAGGAAGAGGAAAUGGUUGAGUUACCUGAUCCUGAAUUAGAACCUGGCAUUCUGCCUACGGAGAUCAGGAAAUUGGUGGAACGAAGAAAACAGGUGAAGGGAAUGAUGAAAAACUGCGCUCGUGAUUCAGAUCAGUACCUGCAGUAUGAUAUAAGACAAAAGGCCUUAAAGCUUACUGCAAACAGCAUGUAUGGCUGCUUAGGAUUCUCCCAUUCAAGAUUUUAUGCCAAGCCACUGGCUGCCCUGGUUACGAGCAAAGGCCGAGAGAUUUUGCUUAAAACAAAGGACCUGGUUCAAAAUUUGGGUCUUGAUGUGAUUUACGGAGACACAGACUCUAUCAUGAUCAACACAAAUACCACAGACCUGGUAGAAGUACGCAAGAUCGGAAACAAGGUGAAAAAUGAGGUCAACAAGCUUUAUCGGUUAUUGGAGAUCGACAUUGAUGGUAUAUUUAAGUCCAUGCUGUUACUGAAGAAGAAAAAGUACGCUGCCAUCAGUAUUUCAGAGAAUGAGGAUGGAACAUUAAACGAAGUCAAAGAGAUGAAAGGUUUGGAUAUUGUGCGGAGAGACUGGUGUGAUCUCGCGAAGGAUUCUGGGAACUACGUUCUGGCUCAGAUCUUGUCAUCACAACCUCGUGAAACGAUUGUGGAGAAUAUUCACGACUAUCUUAUAUCAGUUGGAGAGAAUGUUGCCGAAGGCAAAGUGGACAUUCAGAAGUAUAUCAUAAACAAGCAAUUGACUAAAUCUCCCCAUGACUACCCUGACAAGAAGUCGCUCGCUCAUGUCAAUGUGGCCUUGCGGAUGCUUAGUAAGGGAAGAAAAGUCAACGCUGGCGAUACCAUACCCUAUGUCAUUUGUGAAGAUGGCUCGUCGCUGGCUGCCACUCAACGUGCCUACCAUCCUGAUGAAUUCUGCAAGUCUGAUACACUGAAAAUCGACGUGAAGUAUUAUCUGGCAAAUCAGGUUCACCCUGUUGUGUCUCGUUUGUGUGAUCCUAUCGACGGCACGGACGCCGCUCACAUCGCACAGUGUCUAGGUUUAGAUCCGUCUGGUUACCGUGGUAACACUGGGCUGCAUGAUGACGAAAAUGACGCCUUGCUUGGUGGCCAGGCCAUGAUGACAGACGAGGAGAGAUUUAAGGACUGUGAACGGUUUAUUGUGAAAUGCAAGCGUCCAGGCUGUGGUAAAGAAACAACUCUUGAGGUGCUGUUUAAAAAUACUUCCGACCCAUUUGGCCUCAGUGAUACAUGCCCCGGGUGUAGAACCGAGUAUAGCGCGGGCGCUGUUUCAAACCAACUCACAAUUGCCAUGCGCAAACAUAUUAAGGAGUACUACAUGGGAUGGCAAAAAUGCGACGACCCUUCCUGUGGUUACACCACACGCCAGGUGCCCCUGACACUUCAGCGGGGCGCCCCCAUGUGCACGUCCUGUUUCAGGGCUCAUUUACAUCCAGCGUAUUCAGACACGGCGCUGUACACACAGCUCUUGUAUUACUCGCGCUUGUUCGACUAUGAGUACGCCCUCAAGAAUUCCAAGGAAGAAAUAAAGAAACUACCACUCGACAAGCGCACUGCUACGCCAUUUUACACCGCUGUUCACUCAACAGUUUCCAGAGUUCUGAACGCCAACGGUUAUUCUGAAGUGAACCUUUCCAAACUGUUUAGUGCUUUCUUCGCAGUGGAUAAAUAGAUAAUUCUGUAAAGCUGGAAAAUAAUUAUUUCGUUCAGAGCAGCUUUCAAAUGGCGUGAAGUCGUUUUGGGUUUUCCUGCGAAUUUGCCGAGUUGUAUUAUUGGUUGAAAGAAAACAACGCGCGCAUCGUGUUGUAGCCAAUCGGGUUCAAGAUGUGUAACUAAUCAGUUGCAAUCAAGACAGCACACGCGAAAUUUCCCGCGCUUUCCCAUCGCAAGUGGGUGAUAUGUUUUGUUGCCUUUAUCACAAUUAACCCAUAAAUACGAGACGACGUAAUUGUCUUAAUAAGUUUUGUAGUUAUGUAGUGUAUUUUUCUUCUCGAGGUAAAUCGUUUGAAUAAGUUUCUACCAUCCAAAAAAUCCUAUGCAUUGAAAAUCUCACCAACUUAUUGUCUUUUUUGACGUACAAUUCUAGAAUUUUCUUCAUAAAAUGAUGGCCAUGUUAUCUCAGUUUACGCUGGUGAUCGAGUGUGAAAAAUACUGAGUUGUUUUACCAUAAACAUUUACGAUAUUGUAACUUCAUAUUGAAAGGUGAAAUAAAUG